GAUGUACUGUAGGGUCAGUGCACGAGGCAGUGUGAGCAACAUCGAGCCAGGUGGUGGAGACGGUCGGCCGCCACUGCGUAAGCCGUACCGACGUUAUUAUAAUUAUAGUGCGUGGUUAAGUUAUACGUCGUUCCAGAGUCCGAUUUUCGGCAAUGGAGGCUGUCCAUACGCACCGCUGGAAGUCAUCGACUGCCUACCAGCGGCCGUUCCAUCUGGUUGUCCCGAGUCUGUUCGUCGCCUCUGUGGGCGCCUUCUGCCUGCUGUUGGUGGUGAGUGACGGACCGACACUCACCUGGAGUCUACUGCCGGACCCGACGCGCGUCUCCGCUCCCACCGACGACUCGACGGGCCCCGGCGGCGGUGGGGACGGGGGCGGUCUGCACGUGGCAACAUGGCGGCUGGUGGAGCCGGCGCUGCCCUCGCACGCCUGGUUCGCCGGCGACCCGAGCUGCGCCCACCUGGUGACGCGGUUCGCCCGUCCGGGCAGCCUGCCGGACGCCCGUCUCGCCUCGUACCACCGCUCCGGUAACACGUGGACGCGCUACCUGCUGGAGGCCGCCACCGGCCUGGUCACCUGCGGACCCAAGCACGACGCCGACGACAACGAGCCGCUGCCGGUGGUGGGGCUGCCGUCCGUGGCCGAGGUAGCCGCCAGUCGGCGCGCCGUCACCUCGUCGGCCGAGCUCCGAGACGCCGGGUUCAUCGCCGAGCACGUGUCCCCGCUGACGCGGACCUGUCUGGUCGGCAAGACGCACGCUUACCCGCCCACCUGGCGCCGGUUAGAAGGCACCGAUACCUCCAACCUCACCCAGCGGAUCCGCGAGGACUUUGGCGGCAACAUCAGCGACCCUCUGGCUGCGCUGGCGGGGAACAGCACCGGCUACCCGCUGCCGGCCAUCCUGCUGGUCCGAGACCCGUUUCGAGCGCUCAUCUCUCUGCGCCACUUCACUGCGCGCAGCAGCGUGCACCUGCAGGAGAGCCACGCCGCUCCGGCCGCCUUCUCCGGCACCAAGUGGCGCCGAUUCGUGGACACCCAGAGCCACUACUGGGCCGAGCUGGCGGCCGCCUGGGCCGAGGCGCCGCAGCACACCCUGCUGGUGAGCUACGAGCGACUGGCGGCCGCGCCGGCUGCCCAGCUGCGCCGCAUGCUGCACUUCCUGGGCGUGGAGCCGUCGGCGGAGCGGCUGCGCUGCACGCUGCGCCACGCGGAGGGCGCGUUCCACAACGGUGCGCACCCGGUGGUGCCAGACGACAAGGUGUUUGACGUCAGCAUGCGCCGGCUGGUGUGGAGUAGGAUACGGCAGCUGGACGAGCUGCUGACCAGGAGGGGCUACCAGAGGCUGCCGCUCGAGCAGUACGCAUUCUUCGGUGCCGUGUGAUGGAUGGGUGAUAAGGCGGAUUGUGUUUUACUGCUUUAUUUUGUUUGUUGGUUGAGCAUAUUCCUUGUUGCCUGUAUUACUUGUACAAUUGCAAAGCUCACUCCAAACAAAAUGUGCAAAUGUACCUAUGUCAGGCGCGCGCGCGCUCGUGAAUGCUGUGCGGCGGGGGAGC